ACAACACACAAAACUAGCCGUUCCUCGUUCGCAGCUGUCCAUUCUCCAAACCCACAUUUUAGAGAGAGAAAUUUCUUCAGCCUCAUUCUCCAUUUUCCAAAGAGAGAGAAACUUCUGCAACCCUCCUUCAAAAUCCUAAUCACACUGUUCAACAACAAAAAAAUAAAAAUAAAUUAAUUAUAAAUCUCAACAAUGGCCGACACUAGAAUACUGCUUUCAAUCAUAGCCGUUGGAUUACUCCUCGCUUCACUGUCAUCCGUUGAUGCUGCUUCCGACUUUGAUCCAACGGUGAUGGGUCUAUUCAGUUCUAGAUCUGGAUGCAAAGGUACAGUUGGGGAGUGUUUGGGUGGUGAAGAUGAGUUUGAAAUGGAUUCAGAAAUUAACAGGCGUAUUUUAGCAACAAGCAACUACAUCAGCUAUAAUGCGCUUAACAGGAAUAGAGUUCCAUGCUCAAGACGUGGGGCCUCUUACUACAACUGCCGUCCAGGUGCUCAGGCUAAUCCUUACUCUCGUGGUUGCACCGCUAUCACUCGUUGUGCAAGACGCUAGAGAAAUUUAAAUUAAUUUUUAUAAUUUUUUUAAAAAAUUAUAUUCCCCAUACUUCUUAAUUUUCUCAAAAAAAAUUUGAAAAAUUGUAAUUUUACUUUAUUUUUUUAAUUUUGUGAUUUGGGGUUUGUUUGGUAUACAUGAUAAAAAAAGGCAAGAGAAAUUUGAAGAUGGGUUCUUAUGUUGAUGAUUAUUGAUUGAUUGUCAAACUUUUUUUGGUUGUGUAUUAUAUAAGAAUUAUUUAGCCAUUCUUUUUAUUUUUUCAUUUGGGUCUUCCUCAUGCAUCAUAAUAAUGAUAAUAAUAAUAAUGUGAUAUAUGUACUAUUAAUUUUAUGUCUUAAUAUCAUAUUGAUUUGGGUUUC